AUGACAGAUAGCACUUCAGCUCCCUUAUCGACUAACAUCGCGUCUCUACCGCUCAUUGCUCGCCUAAACGGAGACUGUCUAGCUACUAUCUUCUUCGCGAGCGUACAGGACGAAUACAAUACCGACGAUCAACUGCGACGGCUGCUUCAUCUGACGCACGUAUGUCGUGCAUGGCGCGAUCUCGCCUUAGGCCUGGCCGAGUUAUGGGGCGACGUCGUUUUCGCCAAUCCCAACCACCUGGACGUUAUACUUGAGCGUGCUCGUGAUGCACCGCUAUCUACCUACCAUCCACCGAAAGCGCAUUUGCACGAUGUGCAUAAGAACUUCCUGAUGUCGCAUUUCCAUCGAUUCCAGAGAGCAGAAAUGAGACAACGCCUUGAUCUAGCUCCUUUGCUCGUGCAGAAGCCGACCAACACACUCACUACCGCUCAAAUCUAUCUGGACAAAGGUGGAUCGCAUAUAGAUGGCAUUUGGCACGCACCCGCUCUUCGUAAGCUGGCCCUUUCCGGCUGCAAGUUGCAGACCGAAGCUCCAAAGCUUCAGAGCCUUGGCGUCUAUCGCAUGGCAGACAUGGACGAUGCGUGGCUUCGAGCCCUGCUCUCCUCUCUGCCCCUGUUGCAGGAGUUUUUCAUCGAUCAUUUACCAUACUUGGCCCCAGAAACGCCCCCAGUACCUAUUGAACUCCCUUCUAUCGCCAAACUUUCGCUCGGUUCAAACACUCUGUCCACCGCACAGUUCAUAGAACGCUUGACGCCUCUGAACAUAAAUCGCGAACUAGAUCUCAUGAUAUUGAGAGACCAUCUGAACUUCCCAUACGUACCGCGUCUGGCCAAUGCCCUCGGUCCCUACCUGCGCGACUCUGGCUGUAACUCCAUGGGAAUCAAACUUCCGCUCACUGGAGUGCGGUUCUGGAAGGACAAGUUGGGCGAAGACACCAACAAUGCGAUUGUACACGAGCGGACGGUACUGUCGAUGGGCGUCACGGUACGGCCGUUGACGGAGCGCAUCAUAGCUGCUCUGCUCGAGCAGAUCCCGCCGUCCAACCUCGGCUACUUCCAUCUCUCGGGUAUGCCCGAUCCGGAGACACGGCGGAUAGUACAUACCCCACGACUUUCCGACUCCGUGCACACAGUCGUGUGCGAGUUUCAGGAUAUUGAGGAUAUCUUAGCGAUCCUGGGACGCUGCUUCCUUGAUCCACCGGCACCCACGGCGUACUCCAAGCUCCAAGUCUUCGAGAUGCGAUGUCCCCUUCCGCUGGCGCCGCACCCCCCGGACAGGAUGGUGGAACUCAUAAUCAUGCUAGGCCUCUGGCUCGAGACGCGUCGUAUGACUGGACUUCCUCUGCAAGAGGUUCGAGUACUCGCUGACGCCGGGAGCUCGAAUAUCCUGUUCAAUCCAUCUACAAUUACUGCCUGGGAUUCAAUCCAAGCUAUGGUCAAAUUCGUGAAACUCUAG